GAAGAUAUGAAAAAGGAAAAUGCAACAUUGCUGACAGAGUUUGUUCUCUCCGGAUUUUCAUAUCAACAGCAGUGGCAAAUCCCCUGGUUCCUGGUAUUCCGUAUAUACCUCAUCACCAUUGUGGGGAGCCUUGGUCUUAUUGCUCUCAUCUGGAAUGACUCUCAACUUCACACCCGCAUGUACUUAUUCCUUGGGAGUUUGGCUUUUGUGUAUACUUCAGUAUCAUCCAUAGUGACCCCCAAGAUGCUGGUCAACUUCUUCGCCAAGAGUAAGAUGAUAAUUCUCUCUGAAUGCAUGGUACAAUUUUUUCCCUUUACAGUCAGUGCAACCGCAGAAUGUUUUCUCUUGGCAAGUAUGGCAUAUGAUCGUUAUGUGGCCAUAUGCAAUCCUUUUUAUCCAGUGAUUAUGACCAAUAGACUAUGUAUGCGACUGUUAGUCUCAUCAUUAGGUGGUGUCCUACAUGCCUUUAUUCAUAUAGGUUUUUUAUUCAGAUUAACCUUCUGUAAUUACAACAUGAUAUAUAACUUUUACUGUGACAUCAUGCCAUUGUUUAAAAUUUCUUAUACUGACCCUUCUAUUAAUAUUCUGAUGGUUUUUAUUUUCUCUGGUUCAAUUCAGGUGUUUACCAUUCUGAUGGUUCUUAUUUCUUAUACACUAGUUCUCUUUACAAUUUUUAAAAAGCAGUCUGUCCAAGGCAUAAGGAAGGCCUUCUCCACCUGUGGGGCCCACCUCUUAUCUGUUUCUUUAUACUAUGGACCUCUUCUCUUCAUGUAUAUUCGUCCUGGAUCCACACAAGCACAUGAUCAAGAUAUGAUGGAGUCUCUAUUUUGCACUGUCAUAAUCCCUUUGUUAAAUCCAAUUAUCUACAGCCUGAGAAAUAUGAAAGUCAUAGAUUCACUGACAAAAAUGAUAAAGAUAAAUGUUUAG